UUUAUAUAAAUUCUCUCCAUCUUCUCUCUCUCUCCUACUCCUAAACUUAAAGUGACCAAACCCAAGCAAACCUAGACUCUAUUUCUCUCUCUCUAGCAUUUUGUUGCUGUUGUGUUUCUGUCACUUCAGUGUGCUUUCUGUUUGCUCUGUUUCUGGGUUCUUCUUUGAGAAUGUAUGCAGAGACUGGGCUUUUGUUCCCCUAUUUACAGAAUUCUCCUCAGGAUUUCCAGCAGCUGGAGGAGUUCUGCAGAACCCAAAAGUCAAUUGCUCCAAUGAAUUGCUUCUCCGAGGCUUCGAUGAUAGCGGAUUAUGACCUGGGAGGAGAAUGGGAUCUAUUCAAGGCUCCAGAGCCUAUCAUCGAAGAACCGGCCAUUGGCCUUGAUCCCAUGACACCCAUGACAGCAGCCAUUUCAAUGAUAUCUUGCAGCGAAGAUGUCACCUCCUCUCAAGGACUCAAGGUUGCAGACCUUGAAUCACUUCAAAGUGAGCAGCUUUUGAACGAUGUCUUCUAUGACAAGGAUAUCUUAGGGAAGGACACGAUGGGAGCACCGCUUUCUGAGGAACUAGAUAUCAAAAUUCCUGUUUUGGCAGUGGAUGGAAAUCAUAUUCAGGAAAACAAACCGCUCCGUGACGUGUCGUUUCAGAAGAGUGUCAGCUCAGGAUGUUUAACCUCAAUGGACUGGGUGCACGGAACUUCAACGAAGCCAAGUUUUCUGGAUUUUCCUGGGAUGGAUUUGGGUGCUUAUGGGAUUCGUAGAGCGUUCAGUGAAGGAGAUAUUAAGACUCUCGGUAACAGUAACACAAGCCUCAUCCAGUCGUCUGUAGAGCGGCCCAUAGUUAUCAGCAACUGCAGCAGUGAGGAACGCAGGGAAAAGCUUUCAAGAUACCGCAACAAGAAGACAAAGAGGAACUUCGGCAGGAAAAUCAAGUAUGCGUGCAGGAAGGCUCUUGCAGACAACCAGCCAAGGAUCCGCGGAAGGUUUGCCAAGACCGAAGAAUCGUAUGCCAAGAGGCAAAUAACCGUUGACUAAUAUAUAUAAUAUAUGUAUGAAAUAAUAAUAA